CAAAAAAAAAAGACUCGACGGCUAAGUAAAAAAGGGCAGAAGGAGAAAAGGCGGAGUGAUACCCAAACGCACAACAGCAAAGGAACAAAACAAAAAGCUAAACAGUGGAGAAAAUCUUCCCUCAAAUCUAUCCCUCCACCCAAGAUGUAGUGUUGCCUUAUCCGGCCUCGUUCAUGCUGCUAUUGCUGCUGCUGCUGCAGAUCUUGAGAGGAGGGCCAGUUCUCGAUCUGUUUGGGCUUUUCAGAUUAGGGUUUUUACUGGUUUUUCUUUCCAAAUGUCGACUCCCUAUCCCAUUCCUGUCACUGCUGCUCAGGUUGGGACGUACUUUGUGGGGCAAUACUAUCAGUUACUACAGCAACAGCCGGAAUUCGUUUACCAGUUUUACAGUGAUGCCAGUACUAUGCUUCGUAUAGAUGGCACUAUUAGAGAAAACGCCACUUCAAUGCUUCAAAUCCAUGCGCUUAUUAUGACACUCAAUUAUGCUGGAAUUGAAAUAAGGACAGCACACUCCUUGGAAUCGUGGAAUGGUGGUGUUCUUGUGAUGGUUUCUGGUUCUGUGCAAGUGAAGGAUUUCAGUGGAAGGAGGAAAUUUGUGGAAACGUUUUUCCUUGCACCUCAGGAGAAGGGCUAUUUUGUCCUCAAUGAUGUUUUUCACUUCAUUGAUGAGGAACAAAUUCACCACUAUCCAGCUGUCUUACGAGACCAGAACAAUCUUGAAUCCAAGCUUAAUGCUCCUACUGCUAUUCCAGAGCCGGUUCCAAAUUAUUUGUUGGGUGGAGAAAUCCAGGCUAGGGAAUUUGCUGCUCCCACUGAAGCCAAGGAAAAUGGUCCAGUUGACAACUACGGUUUUUCAGAGCAACAAUUGCAGCAAGUUCCUGAGUCUGAAAAUGUUCGGGAGGAAAAUUCUGUGGAGUCAAAUGGUUCAAUUCAAAACACAGUAAACACUGCACAGGACCAGCUGUCAGCUUCUGUUGAGGAACCUAUUGGAGAGCCCCAGAAACACACUUAUGCUUCCAUUUUACGGGUAGCUAAGGGACAAUCUUCGCCAUCAGUUGCUCCCCAACCUUCUUUUAACAAGAAUGCCCAACCUACUUCAGAUUGGAAUCAUGCUCCACAGCCCAUUUCUCAGCAAGCAACUGUGACAUCAAAUUCAUUUGAAAAGCCUGGAGCAGAAACAGUUGAGGAGAUUUCAGCUGUGGAAGAUGAAGAUGAAAUAAGGUCUGUGUAUGUAAGAAACUUGCCAACUACUGUGUCUGAAGCUGAAAUUGAGGAGGAAUUCAAGAAUUUUGGCAAAAUCGCACCUGAUGGUGUUGUCAUUCGAAGUCGCAAGGAUGUUGGUGUAUGCUACGCAUUUGUUGAAUUUGAAGAUAUGACUGGUGUUCAUAAUGCAGUCAAGGAGGGUAGUGCACAUGUUGCUGGGUGGCAAGUAUACAUUGAAGAGCGGAGACCAAAUAGCAACAUCCCAUCCCGUGCAGGAAGAGGAAGAGGUAGAGGCAGGGGCAACUACCCAACAGAUGCUCCAAGGGGUCGUUUUGGUGGUGGAAGUUUUGACAGAGGUGACCGAGACUACAGCAGAUCAAGAGGAAAUGGUUAUUAUAGGCCGAAUCCCCGCCAAGAUAGAGGGCUCACAGGUUACCAAUUAUCAAGAAAUGGACAAAACCAAUCGGAGUAGACAUUUUAGUUUUAUUACCAAAGGUAGAGAACAAAGUUUUGGGUCCAGCCAUUGCACUCAGCACAUUCACCUUCAUCAGUUUCAAGAACGAUAUAAUUUAUAUUUUCAUACAUCAGAUUGAUUUAGAUAUGUCAGGCAUAUGAAUCAUGCAUGUUUCAAUGGUUUCUUGAUAUUUUGAUGUCUAAUUAACAUUCAAAUUUUAUAGGCAAUAUUUGCAAUUUUGAGAUUAUUUAUUUUAUGUAAAAUCUAAUCUCUCUGGUUGAUGAA